CCGAAGCAGAACCGGGAGAUCCCUCAGCAGCAGCGGCCGCCGGCGAUGGAGAAGGGCAAGGGCCUCGCGCGCCGCUGGGCGGUGGAGCUCCACGACGCGUCCUCCUCCUCCUCCUCCUCCGCCUUCCCCGACCCGCCCGGCUUCACCAGAUCCGCCCCCGAAGCGGACGACGCCGCCACCGCUAGGCAGCGCAAGGAGGCCGAGGCCACCUGGAAGGGGCAGAAAGCGUGGGAGGUGGCGCAGGCGCCCUUCAAGAACCUCAUGAUGAUGGGUUUCAUGAUGUGGAUGGCCGGGAGCACCGUCCACCUCUUCAGCAUCGGUAUCGUCUUCUCUGCUCUGUGGCAGCCAUUCAACGCGCUCCGAUCUGUCGGGAAAGUUUUUGAACCAUUUAAGGACCCAAGGGUGGAUACACUUGCACCUAAGUUGCUCUUCAUUGCUCUCAACUUGGCUGCUAUGGGUUUGGGUGUAUGGAAGCUCAACACUUUGGGUCUUCUUCCAACAAAUGCAUCGGACUGGGUAUCAUCACUGUCUCCUGCUAGGGAGGUUGAGUAUGCUGGUGGAGGGAUCCCCUUGAUGUAAUGCCCUUUAUGAUCUUAAUUGGUAAAACCCUGAAGUUUUACUACUUGAAGAUGAUACCUGUAUGAAGCGAAUUUUUUACCCUGCUUAAGGGAUAACUUUUGUCUGGAUUAUUUGUAUCUUUCGUUGUCUCACGUGUACCAAAUUCGCAUGAUAUCUAUAGACAAAUCACAGGCUUAGCUGAAGAUAGUUUGUUCAUUUUUCUUGAUCCCUUUUGCUUGUCUGUUUCAGUAGAGAAGUUAUUGCUAACUCUCCCAACAGAUGUAGAAGAUAAACUGUUUUUGUUAAUAUGCUCGAUUGCUAGCUGUGAGGCUUGGUA